AUGGAGAGGCAUCAUCAAGCCCUCUCCGGGCAUCCGCUGUCCUCCCUCGGCUUUGCAGAAGGAGAAGUCCUCGCGAGCAACAUCGCCCUCAGCUUUUGGGGAGGAGUGAGCCCCUUAACCGGAAUCGUGAUAGACAGCCACCACCCCCUAGCAGGGAGCUGUAUAAAAGGCAAAGUGGUAGCAAUACCAGGUGGACGAGGAUCAUGUUCAGGGAGCGCCGUGAUCCUCGAAUUAUUCAUGAGCGGGAGCAACCCCCGUGCGCUCAUCUUCAAGCGGGAGGAGUUAAUCCUGACCCUUGGUGUCAUCGUUGCCCAAGAGAUGUUCCAGAAGACCAUUCCCGUUCUCCAGGUCUCUGAUACCUCAUUCGAGACGAUUUCGCACCUCAAAAAGAUCCGAAUUGUGGGGGAUCAUAUCCAACCAGUAAACGAAUCAAUAUCUGAUUCCAAUUUACCACCGAUUCAGCAAAACUUUCCAAAGGAACCCGACUUCUCGCCAAUAACAUUAACCCCCCUGGAUCGCGAAAUGUUAAAUGGAGCCCACGGCAAAGCCCCUCAGUUCGCAAUGCGCGUAAUCCUUCGCACAGCCCUCCUCCAAAACAUCACCUCCCUAAUUGACAUAAAACAAGCACACAUAGACUGCUGUAUCUACACAGGGCCAGCCGUUCUUAAAUUUGCACAAACGCUGCGCUCAUGGGGCGCAAAAGUCCGCAUCCCAACUACCCUAAACUCAAUCUCGAUAGACAGACGCCUAUGGCGCGUCCAAGGUAUUGACCCUGCCAUCGCCGAACCAUCAGAACAACUCGCACAGACAUACAUAGACCUAGGCGCGAAAGCAAGCUUCACAUGUGCGCCGUAUCAAUUAGAAAGCGCGCCUAGUCUCGGCGACAAUAUUAUGUGGGCAGAGUCGAAUGCGGUUGUGUAUGCGAAUAGUGUUCUCGGUGCGCGAACGAUUAAAUGUCCUGACUUUCUGGAUGUGUGCGUUGCUUUGACGGGUCGGUCGUUGAAUACCGGCUGUCAUCUUAGCAAGCAUCGGAUGGCGAGUGUUUGGAUUCAUUGUGAUGCUGUUGAAGGGUCUGAUGAUGCCUUUUAUCCGCUUUUGGGAUAUAUCGUGGGUGAUAUUGCUGCGGAUCGGAUUCCGAUUGUUACUGGUCUUGAGAAGAUGCUGGCUACGACUUCUGAUUUGAAAGCGUUUGGGGCGGCAUUUGCUACUACGUCCAGUGCGCCGAUGUUCCAUAUUGCUGGGAUUACGGUUGAAGCGCGAGAAACCGUCGAUGUUGAUGCGCAUUUGCGAGGGAUCCCGAAAGUUCAUGUCACACGCUCUGAUCUAGCCAGGCAGUGGCAUCUGUUCAAUCUCAGUGGAAACGAGGAGUACACGCCGAUUGAUCUGGUUUCACUCGGUAAUCCUCAUUUUUCAUACGAGGAGAUAUCGAAGCUUGCCAAUCUGACUAGAAAACGCACUAAGAGCCCCUCUACUGCACUGGUUGUUACGUGCAAUCGGGAGAUAUACGCCCAAGCCUGCAGGGAUGGAUUGAUCGCCGCCGUGGAGGAAUUCGGAGCACAGAUCAUCACGGAUAGUUGCUGGUGCAUGAUUCAGGAGCCUAUUAUUCCUAAGGAGGCGCGGAUUAUCAUGACCAACUCGGCGAAGUAUGCUCAUUAUGGGAAGGGAUUGACUGGUCGGGAGAUUCGGUUUGGGGGGCUGGGUCAAUGUGUUGAGGCUGCUUGUUUGGGGCGUGUGAGCAAUGUUCUACCUGAGUGGCUUGAGGGAAGUAGGCAUCGUGGAGGGAUUGGUAUAGGGAAGGUUGGUUCUUGA